UAUUUAGAAAAUGUUUUUGUACAUUUUAAAGCCACUAUAAAAUUAGGCUUCCUUAAACAAAAAUUAUUUUUACAAUUGCUUAGAACAAAGUCUCUUAUUCUACAACUCAAAGCUUAAAUCAGACCGCUAUUGAGGUAUCGUAAAUAUUUGGCAAAGACAGUCGCAUUAUGAACGCAUUGCGCAUACGCACUGUGCGCCGGCUAUCAGCACUCAACAAAUUAAUGCGACAUGGCAGCAAUUAGUCCGUCGUCUGCUAAAUGAUUUAAAACUUGCGCCAAACUUUGCCGCUCCUUCGACCGUUUCUGAGCAAAACUUUUAAUUAUUACACACUUGCGACUUGUUGUUCAAUUUGUUCGCGAUGCUGCCAGAUUAUAAACUUUUGUCGAGUUCAAUUAUGUACGCCGAAUCGCCAGCAUCGCUUGUUUGUUCCCAUUUGCUUCAUCAACUUUUUGGCCCAAUUUGAUGUGCAAUUAGUGCUCGUGAAUCGCCAGAAUUUCUUAUGAAAUCCAGUCUAUGUCUCAGAGUUCCUGGCGCCAAACAUCAAAUAUCAAAAUUAUAUAUGGGAAGCCAUGUUCGAGCCAAACGUUGUCAUCUGGCCGUUUUUUGAAACAGAAACGGUUAAGGACCGUCGACGAUUCACAGGCAAGUGCUUUCUUGAGUUCCUCGGCUGCAUUCUCUUUGGUCUUCUGCAAUGGGUCCUGGUGGUGACAGCACUGAAGAGUUGGUUCGAACAGGUGUCGAGGAAUCACAGCUCAGCCUUGUUCCUAGGAUUUGUCGUAGGUCUUUUCCUGUUCUUGAUAUACGCACUUAGCAAGUCAAUACGGAGAAUGAAAUGCAUGAAGUGGCUAUUGCCCGUGGUCAUAGUGGAGUUCCUGGUGGUUGGUCUUAUUCCGCUGAUGAUUGAACCGCCGGUCCUCUAUAUGCUGAUCGCUUUCCUGAUAACAUGCGUGGUGUUCUUGUUCAUCGUUAUACUGGCUGCUACAAUGCCGGCGGAUAUCACAAUGGGUGGCCUUUACAUAUAUCUGAUGACUUUGGGAUUCUACCUGAUGAGCCUGUAUUGCAUCGUCCUAUAUUGUAUUCUGGGCGUGUUUUGGUGCUUUUAUGUGUUCGCCAUCACAAUGGCCUGCGUUGUGGCGUUUUUCCUCAUGUAUCAUGUGCAGUGCAUCAUGGGCGGCAGGUCGGCCGCCACCAAGUUGUACGAUGACAAGUAUGCCGCGCUGCUGCUCUUCCUUGAGUUUAUAGCCUUCUUUUGCAUAACCCUCUAUAUACGACCCAAAAAUGCACCGCCUACAUAG